AAAUAGGCCCCGGAUAAUCACUUGUUGCGAUGUCAGACGCCUAUUCGUCAACUUUGAAGGGUUCUCUGAAGAUUAAAGGAGUCAAAGAUCAUGCUAUUAAAAAGAAGAAGAAAAAGAGCAAACUGAAGCUAAAGGAUGAGGCAGUACAGUCAGAAGUGAGUCAGAUGAUGAAACCUGCUGCUAAACCAAUUGACAGAAGGACACCAGCCCAGAAAGUAUUUGACAAAGCAAAAGAACAGAGGCAGGCAGAGAAAGUGAUGAAGAAAGUGGAGAAGAGUCACAGAGAACGAGUGAGGGAGUUCAACCAGCAUCUAGACAAACUGACAGAACAUUUUGACAUCCAAAAAGUUAGUUGGACAAAAUGACUGAUGAAGGUUUACUGGUACUGUACAACCAAUUGCAUGAAAAUGAAGAAUAUCUAGCGUAUAUGAGAUUUUGUGUAUCUGAAAUGUAGUUUUCUUUGUAGUACUAUAUGAUAAACAGUAAAGCAACACAUGCAGCAAACUGACCAACCAGCCAAAUGAAAGAACUAGUACCAAAAGUAGAGAUCAACCUGCAAGUA